AUGGAGCUUCAAAUGAAAGGCGCUUAUAAAAUAAAAUCUACAUCAGUUGACGCCAAAAAACUUCGUCUACAUAGAAGGUCAUUAGACUGGAAGAAAAAUCGUCACGAAGAAGCAAGUAAAGGCAGAAAUCUUCAGAAUCUUUCGCCCUUGCAAGAAAUAAGCUGCAAUGACAAUGUUACUUCGUCUUACCAAGGGAAAACACCAGUAAAGUGGGAUGCAGCAGAAGUAAAUGGUAAAAAAAGGAAACUGAGAACUGCAGAUGAUGUGAAGAGAGAACUUGUGAAGUGGAAGAAAGAAAAAGAAUUGAAGAAAAAACUGGAAAAAGAAAAACAAAAGCUGAAACCCUCUUUCAAAGUUUUUCAUAUGGCCCAUAAUGAUAAUGAAUUAUACAAGAAGGAUAGUAAGAAAGGGAAACAAAUUUGUCCUGUUGCAGGAUUUGUUUCAACACAGACUAAAACGAAAUCACUGAAACCGGGAAUUGUAGAAAGUCGGGUUAGCACCAAAAACACCGCUGUCAAGACAGUAAACAAAAGACCAGAGACUUCUAAAUCCAAAAGUACAGCUCCAGCUCCUGUAGUAGGUCGAGUCACCAGGUCACAAACUGCAUCUAAAGGAGCCAAAAGUUCUACCAUAUCAUCCAAUACAUCCAGGCCAUCAGCAAAAACGAGGACCUCAGAAAAACAGAAAGCUUCUGCUUCCUCCAAACAACCAAAUUCUGCCACUGAAAAGAAGACAACAGCAAAGGAGAAACCAUCCAACCUGAACUUGGAGAAAGUGUCAACUUUCAGAGGCAUCUCGUUUGCCCCAGAAGAUUUCACAUUCAGUGCUCCAUCAAACAUCUCCACCUUUGAAUUUAAACCUUUGAGUCCUGCCAGUACUGCUCGCUUCCUGUGUCCAGCCACCACAUCCUUCAUUGGCACUGAUCCUAAAAGAUGCUCUACACCAAAACCUGAUCCAUCUCAAGAGGUUGAGGACAGUGAUUGUAUGAGAGAGACAUCACAGGAUAUACUUGCUCAACCACAGGUUAACACAGAGAAACCUACCAUGCAGACUGAUGUCAGCAUUCAUCUUGGGGAAACAAGACGUGUAACACGAAGUCUACGACGGUCCAUUUUGGGAACUCAGUCUGCUACACCAACAACAGAAGUCUGUGAACAGUCAAGUGGUCAGUAUUCUGUCAAGACCUCAGAGGUAGACAUGAUCGAGGCCCCUGCCAGUGUACAAGAAAGUGACAAUGAAGGGAUCUCUACUGCCCCAAGAGAACUGACACUGUUGAAGGAAUCACUGACUCCACUAAACACACAGAAAGAAGCAAAAUCAAUACCUAAGAGAAUGACAAGAAGUCUGAGGCGCUCAUUGUGUUUAUCUCCUCCCUCUGAGACCCUAACAUCUCCCAAGAAGGUGCUAACGCCGAGAAGCACCCGUGGUAAGUCACAAAGAUCUGUGAUGGCACCUCCUGAUGAGGUCAUGGUUGCUAAACCUCUGGAUGAUGAAGUAUUCUCAAAUUCACCAACAAAGGAAGACAACACUGACACCAAUCAAACACCUGAAAGAAGAAAUAACAGACGUACCAUGAGUAACUUGGCACCUUUUGCACAACCUAAUAGCGACUGUUUGGUGCUGUCAGCAUCCCGGAGUAAGAGGAAAAGGAGGAAGACGCAACAUGAUCGUCCUGUCAACCCAAAAAGUCCAGAAGAAUGGGUCAGCUUGCUGAAAAACAGUCCUAUGGUGGAGAUGAACAGAAGGAAACCAAAGACCAAAACUAUGGAGCCUUUGCUGAUGCUAGACCUAGAUAUGGAUUUUGAUGGAGACCUUGAGACAUCUCAGAAGGCAGUCAAUGACAGUACUUCAGAAGUGACUUCAAGUUCUCUAGUUGAUGAGCACAUACCUCUCAGUUCAGGAGAAAUGUCUGAUGGCAGUGCUCCAACCACAACAGAUCAAGCAAUAUUGUCUCCUGGAAAAGAUCUGACAGAUGCUGUGCCAUCUGAACAGCUUGCCAUAUCACAACCAAAAGAGGCAAUAUCAUCGGAACCAGAGGAGCACAAUGUGAAGUAUUUCCGAAACCUGAUGUCUAAGGAAACUGAUAUUUUCAAUGGAUAUUGUUCAAAGUGGGAAGAUAUCAACAACGACAAUCCAGGUUUAAGUGAAGAAGUGGAGGGUCAAAUAAGGACCUGUAUUGGUCAGGCCCAGCUGUUGAUGUCACAGCGCUUCAAGCAGUUCACAGGUCUAGUUGACAACUGUGAAUUUAGAACUGGUGAGAAAGAGACAACCCUAACAGACCUCCAGGGUUUCUGGGACAUGAUCUACUACCAGGUGGAAGAUGUCCAUACUAAGUUUGCAGACCUGGAAAAGCUGAAGGCUAACAAUUGGGUGGAUGAUAAACCAAAAAUCAAGAAAAAAAUUAUCAAGAAAAAGGUUUCUGCAAAACCGGCUGUGAAACGCCCUCCUGUUGUAUCGAAAUUUGCUGCCUUCCGUGCCCAAAUGAAAAACAAAAAGACUGCGCCAGACAUCAUUUGCCAUGAAGAACCUGUUGUCACUUUUGAUGGGGGAUUCUUUAAAGUUGCCAGCCCUAAAAAGACUCCAAAGUUCCAUUGUGAAGCUGGUUCACCUCAAAGGAACCUUUCAACCACUUCUACAGAAAAAGAGAAAGUCUCAGAAUCUAAGAGCACACCUCUUUUGGAAGUUGCUUCUCCUGCUGUUGAAAGUUUAGGACUUACAAGCCUGCGUACACCUAGCAGAAAGUCAUAUGUGCCAGUGAACCCCAGUCCUUUGUUACGAGACAUCACUCCCAAGGUCACAAGUACAAGCAGGCCUGCCCGUCACUCAUUAUCCAAAAGACUGUGUUCAGGGAUGGAAGCUGAAGCAGAAGUUCAUAACAAGGAAAAUGAGAUGGAUGAUAAUUUUAGCAAUGACACCGCAGUAAAAAAAGUGGAAAUUCCUGUGGUGAAAAAUAUUUCAACAGCAACUGGAACCCCAAGAGCAAAGGUGACACCAAGGAGAUCUUUGCGAUCGAGAAGGUCAAUAUGUGAGGAUUCAUCACCUUCAUCUGUGGUUCAGGACACAGACAAAAGCAAUGAUUUCUUCAAAUAUCUGCAGCCAAGCAAUGUUACUGUUUCCAAGGCUCCCUGUGACUCGAGUGCCCUGGACAAUGAUGAUGAUGAGGUCUGGGACCUAUCCUCUGCUCUUUCUGCAACUGAGACCACUGAUAAAGUCAUAAAAAAUUCCCCAGUUAUACCAAAACGACGCACAUCCAGUCUUAAACAGUUGCCAUCCUCACAACGCCGUCGCUCAACUAGACGCAGUGUGCACUUCUCAGCUUCCCCGGCACAAGAAAAUGCAGAAGUGGUAGAGGACGUAAUAAGUGUGCCUGAUCGAGUCGGUGAUGAUAUGUUAAUCUUCACACCACCAGGACAGCAGUCUUUAAUGCAUCUUGGAGAUGAUAGCUACCUUAAUCAAAAUGCUGGGGCUACUCCUGCCUGUCGAAAUGCGCGACCAAGUUUGCUAUUUACGCCUCCCAAGGACAGCUCUACAGUGACUGCCAACACAACUACGCACACAGAGAUACCCACAGACAUUCUCAUUUCAUUCACACCCUGAAUGUAGUUCAUAAAGACACAAUCUGCCUUUCCUUGGCAUGUGGCAACAACGUUUUAACACAAGCAUUUAAUUCUAGUAAAUUCUUGCCUGCUUCAUAAACUGUGAUACUUAAAGGCAUGGCAACAAUUUUGUUUGAUCGUCUUACAGGAUGUUAGCAUUGACACCGUUUCUUACUGAUGGUUACACUAGCAUCAAAAAUGUUUCUUCUGUACACUAUCAUUGAAAACUUUGAUCUGUAUACUCUUCUUGUAUUAGUACUUACUAUGUCUAUCAGUAUAAUGAUCUUAAUUCUUUACAUUCUUUUCUGUCUUUCAUGCUUCAUAUUAGUUUUGAAAGGGAUCAGCUCAUACAAUAAAUUACAGUGCUGUCAAAAAAACCUCAUACUUACAUUAUAUAAACUUUGGUACACUAAUAUAGAUAAAAUUGCAUCAAUGUAAUGGCUAAUGACUGACAAAAUCCCAUAUAGGGCAUAUAGUAAUAUCAUUUUUUUUCUUCUCAUUAUUUUGCUUGUAUCUGUCUGUUAAGAGAUUGAUAUAAGUUUUAUAUUGUUUUGA